AUGCUCGCACACGACGGAUCUGGACCAUGGACCAAAACACCGGUAGAAGUCUGGGAGCACAUCAUCUUCUUCGCUGUCACACUCGACGCCUCUUCCAAUGCAAAUUUUCCCAUCUUUGACGCGCGGUGUACGCCGUCCAUCUAUCUCGCCUUUAAACGUACAUGUGGAGACCACCACUCGCAGGUCUAUCCAUCCCCAGCCUACACCGAAACCGAACGCACCCGGCGCACGCUCAGGCUCGUUUGUCGAUCCUGGAACGCCGUCGUCAGCCAAUGGCAGCUCCGAAAGCGUUGGCUAAGACUCUACGCGUCAAAGGAAGAGAUACCCGAUGAGAUGUGGAUGGGCGCGCUGAGGAUCGAAUUUCGUGAAGCGUCCGCGCCCGUAAAUUGGGAGCCAGAAGAGGUCGGGCUCGACAGGGUGACCAAGUGGAUCAAUAGAUGGAGCGAAAUUGGUCCACUGCGCCUCCAACGCUUGGAGCUGUUGAGAGUAACAGUGGUCACAUUCCAUGGCAUAUUUGCUGCACUCUGCGGUGCCUCCGCUGCCCUUCCCCAUCUUCGGUCACUUUCACUGUACAUUCCGAAUCACUAUCUGGGCGUAACGAGACGACUGUCACGGCAUUUUCCCCAACUACGACAUCUCACGUUUGACCUAAACAUUCUGAGCGACGGCCCUUUAGCAUGGGACGUGAAACAGCUCAAAGAAGCGCAGAAUGUGAAAGAACUGGAACGUGCGAUGGACGAUACACUCGACUUACCCAACCUCGAAACCCUUUUUCUCUUUAGCGCAUCACAUCUCCCGACCCUACGGAACUGGCAUCUCCCGAACCUGCGGCAUGUUCACAUACAGCCUACACACUCUUAUUGGGAUGAAAUAGUUCAUCCCUUUCUCCUCCGCCACGCAUCGACGAUUCAAACGCUUGAUCUAGAUGACUGUACCAUCGGUGCGAGCGGCAUACUGACAAAUACGAUGCACAUCGAUAGUAAAGUUUUUGAAGAAGGAUUCUGGGACAACUUUCCGUCUCUCCAACUCCUCCGUUGCGCAUUGCAGCACAUAACAACUGCAGGUUUACCAGGACCCAAGCACCCACUGCGAUAUAUAGUCGACACAGAUCCUAUUAGUGAAACAUCGGGGUUCGUACACGUGCUCAAGACCUGGGUUGACGGGUUGCCGGAAGGCAAGUAUCUCGACUCCAUCGUUCUUUAUGGGAGCUAUCUCUCUAGAAGAGACUUUGAGUACGAACGGGGCGAGGUACAACGGCUCUUGCGACUCUUGCGUUGGAAUGGAACGAAAUUGUGCAACCCGGCUGGAAAGUUGUGGAUUGAACCCCUCUGA